AUGUUACAUAUCGUGAGCGCCGCGUCGCCAGUCCCAUCGGAAAUCUUUGCGCUCCUAGCGUUACUUUCAAUCUCCGUGAUCGUCCUUUUGAUCCUGCGCCACUACCUGCCUUUGCGGACGACACCGGCUUUUUAUCUGGUUCCCAUAUUCUUUGCGUUAUGGCUGCCGGCAUGUAUGGUUCUUCUGGUCCCCAUCGACUUGGCCUCGAGCGCGAGAACCGACGAUGAAGCAACGCGGGGUGUAUGGCUGCCGCAGCGGGUGUUGUUGGUGUCGUGGAGGAUCACGUACUGGCUGACAUUCGCCCUGACAUGGUUCAUCCUUCCCAUCCUUGGCGAAUACUCCGACUCUGGCUACCGCGAACCGCAAGAUAGCCUCAAGUACUCACUCCGACAAAAUGCGCAAUACCACGCCAUCGUUUUCGGCACCGCUGGAAUCGGCAUCGCAUACUUUUUCGUCAGAUACCAUCCCGAUAUGACAACGUUCAAAGCUUCCUUCAUGGCCCUUGCAUACUUCUAUGGUUUGGUGUUUGCCAUUUACCUCAUGGGACAUGGUCUAGUCUCGAUCCCCCGACGAUUGUUUCGGUACUCCUCUAUUAGCGGAAGACUGCGACGACUCCAAGCUCGAGCGCCCCAGCUGCACGAAAAGAUGGAGGAUUCUCUACUGAAUCUGGAGGAUGUCGAGUUGCAGGUUUCAGAGCUUGGUCGCAGGAAGACAGGAAGCGCUGUAAAAUUCAGCGAAUGGAUCGAUGAGCUGGUCGAAACCGCAAACCUUCCCGAAUCUCAGCCUAGAUCAACACUUGGCGUGCCCGUCGAAAGUCGCAGUCUACCCACCGUCAUCACGGAGAAAUUCAUGGCGGAUUUGACGAGGAAACUGAUGAGGGCGCGGCAUGCACGGUCUCGCUAUGUCAACGAGUGGAACGAUCUGUUGAAGGAGGCUUCGGACACACAGGCUAUCCUGGACUCCGCCGCCUCGAAAAAGCUCGAGUUUGGUGCGCCAUCACCCCACGCCGGUUUCUGGGACCGCUUCACUGCCUUCACGCCUUACACCCGAUACCUGUAUUACUACCAUUUUGAGCCUUACGCCAGCACCGCCCUCGGGGCAUUGCUGGCGGUAGCAUCUGCGUUGAUUAUUUGGUCCGAGGUAAUCAAGGCUGCCUUCCCGCAGCUAUCAGUUAUUCGCCUCACCGUCGUUCAUCAUUGGGUCGGCGAGAAGGGCCAGGUUGGGUUCGCCGGCCAAGUCAUCUCCGUCCUAUGGCUUCUGUACAUGUGCGCGGCUACUUUUAUCACCAUGACGGAGGUGAAGACGUGGCGAGGACGUGCCCUAGUCAGGCGCAACACCGCUUACGAAUCGGCCUUCUGGUAUGCUGGACAGGUCGCAAAGCUCAGCGUCCCUCUGUCCUACAACUUCAUGACGUUCCUGUCACGGACCAUUUACGAGAAGACCCGGUUCUACGGCUUUCUUGGAUCACUCAUUGACUUUAGCCAGAUGGGUCGCUGGGCUGACUACUUGUUCCCCGUCUUCGUGCUCAUUCCCGUGGCGGCCACCCUUUUCGGCUUAUAUGGCAAGAUUAAGCGAGUAUUCGGCUUCGGUGGCGACUUCAUCGACGACGAGGAAGGAGACGGGCGGGUGUUCGGCACUGGUUCAUGGCGUGAGGGCCGGGACCUGAUUGAACGCGAGCUGGGUGGGAACUCUGCCCUUAGGCGACGUGAGGAGGCUUUCGCACGGCUCGAGGCGUCCGGAAGGUCAGCCCCGGUUCUGACCAUUCCUGGAGGACGUGCUGGCUCGGCUGCCUCUCCGGCGAGAUCACCUGUUCGAGCUACGCACAGCAGCCGCCCCGGGCGAGCGCCCGCUUCGGCACCAUACCGCGAUCAGCCGGAGGACGAGAACUUCUUUGAGUCCAUCGGUCACCGCAUGAAGAAUACGAUUGACACAUUCGAGCCACCCCAAUGGUUCCAGGACAUCAAGAAGCCCAAGUGGAUGGGCGGCGAUGACGAAGAGCCAGGCAGCAGCAGUAACGGUGGUGGAGUGGAGUCAGACAUCCGCCGAUGGUUUGGCGGAGAAGGCCGCGUCAGGCUCUGA